AUGGUAUUCCGGUAUGCCGAUAGAAAAAAGUUCCGCCAAGGACGAACCGAGACCCACACGGACACCCGGCGGCACGGCUACGGCACCGGCAGCAGCUUCGCCGGCACGGCGUGGGACGACGGCGGCAAGAAGCGUCUGCGCGUGGGGCUGGUGCUGCCCUACAAGUCGUUCGGCGUGCGCGACUACACCAAGGCCCUGACGGGGGCCAUCGCCGGCGUGCAGCGCAGCACCUCGCGCGGACGCAACCUGGUGCUGUCCAGGGGCUUCGACCUGCGGGGCCGCAUCAGCAUGAUGCCGCUCACGCCCAGCCCCAAAGUCGGGACCAACCAGGCGGGCGGCGCGCGCGUGACGGGCUCGGGGCGCGGCCAGAGCGCCAUCAAGAUAGGCGCCACCAACACGUCGCUGCGCGCCAACAUCUCGCUCAUCUCCCCCAACCGCACCACCAGCCUGGUGGGGACCAAGCCCAACCGCACGCGCCACGAGACGACCUCCACCACCACCACGACCACCACGACCACCACCACGACGGUCUCGGCCACCGCCGCGGCCGCCACCACCACCGCGCCGCACUCCGAGGACGACACCGAGACCCACACGGACACCCGGCGGCACGGCUACGGCACCGGCAGCAGCUUCGCCGGCACGGCGUGGGACGACGGCGGCAAGAAGCGUCUGCGCGUGGGGCUGGUGCUGCCCUACAAGUCGUUCGGCGUGCGCGACUACACCAAGGCCCUGACGGGGGCCAUCGCCGGCGUGCAGCGCAGCACCUCGCGCGGACGCAACCUGGUGCUGUCCAGGGGCUUCGACCUGCAGGGCCGCAUCAGCAUGAUGCCGCUCACGCCCAGCCCCAAAGGCAUAGGAGCGCUGUGGGCCACUAAACUCGAAGUGUGGAGUCUAGAAGUAAAGUCAGUGAAGAACUGCUCCAUGCCAGAAAGUGUGGAGUUCUCCACCCUGGUUUGUCACGGAGAAUAUGAGGGCGUUAUAAUGUGCUUCGCGUUGUGA